AUGACCAUACGGCAGGCCAAUGAGGCGAUGGAGAUAGAUCAAUCGCCGUUUGCUCGUGAUGCCCAUGGAGUUGCCCUCGAUCCUGCUGCCAGGUCUCGGCAUAACACGUCUCUGAAUGGCCCAUUCAAAAAGGUGGACAUUCUUAGUCACAAGCCUAUGCGCCACGUAUUUUAUGAGAUGGAACACCGAAGACUUGAACGGUCCUUGGAGGGGUACCGAAUGGAGCCUAGUUGGGGCGCUAGGUUUGCCGCGGAACUUGUCGUUGUUCUGGUUGCAUUCAUAUUGUUGUCAAACUCGAUAGGCAGUAAUAUUGUGGGCCAAAUACUGCGGGAGAAGAACACUCGUGCGCUGCUCCUCGUGGUGCCUGGUGCGGUUACUGGCUUCUUCAUCGCAGUAGCAUUGAUAAGCAUUGCACUGCGGAAAAGGAGCGCGAUAUCGACCCUAGCAGUGGUUUUCUUGUUGAUAGGAGUUGUAUGGAUCAUAUGGCUUUACAAUCCCGCUGAUAAAUGGCCGGCCCCGUCUCUCACGAAUAUUAUAAUCGUCAGUGUCGUAGUUGCUUCCCUUGAGGUCUUAUUGUUCUUAAUAUAUGUUACUAUUCACUUUGGGUAUCCCUAUAUGCUUAAGAAAGUCCAUCCUGACUUUCUUGUCAAGCACUGGUGGCGACUUCACCAAGUGGAUGAAGAGAAUGCCUUCGGGUACUCCUACCAGCGCUACGGUAUAUUCUCACUCACUCGUAAUAUUUGUAACUAUCAUGGUGAUGUCGACAGCGAGGGUCGGCCCCACGGCUUCGGCGUGUGGACGGAUGAUUCUCGCCACGGUGAGAUCCUGAGGGGGGUCUGGAUGCGAGGACUCCCUAUGGGUCCGUUCGUAUCUCGAGAGUUCAGCAGCGGCUCAGUGAGUGUCUGUCGUCGUAUACUAUGGGCAUCGACUCGGGCCGAGCCGGGAAUCACCUGGAAAUAUAUAUUCCCGCAUCGCAAAGAUGAAUGUUCAUAUGGAGUAGCAUCAGUUGAAUGCUCUGUAUCUGGGUAUUUCUUCAACCACCUCCCCAAGGUUAAGGAGCUUCUCACUUCUACUGACGAUUUCACCUUCGUCCUGGAUCACUUCAAACGAGACUAUGCAUGCAGGUUCGAAAGUUCUACCGAGGAGCUCGCAAAAGGGGAGGGCUUCAUCGGAUCGGAAAGGGAUGCCUGCCGGAAGGAUGUAGGACCAUACUUCCCUUCCUCUGUUGAGGGUGACGUCCCCAUGCCAGUGUCCAGCGGCCCCUCCGGCCCUUCGGCUACGUCUGCUCACAAGCUUUGGAGCUCUGGAGAGAGGGCCUUUGCCGCAGGUAUUACGGGUACGGGUUUUAUGGAGCUCCUACCGCCAGAGACGUGUGGCCACGACUCGAAUAAUGAAGAGCAGUACUACUAUAGUGGUCGAACUAGAACGUUUAGUUGCGGUCAUCCUUCCAGCCUAUCACUUCAAGCAUCCUACCUCCAACCAGUGCGGCAUGCAGAGGCAUUGGUGUAUCUACAUGGCUAUAACUGUCCUAUCUCUAGUGCUAUUGAACGGUUAGGGCAGAUGUUGGCUCUAGGACAGUUCCCAUUGUGGAUCAGACCUUUCGUUUUCUCCCAGGGUUCGGGGUCCGCUCUUACCUAUCAUGCUGCUAGAGACUGUUUGCCGGAGUAUGCACCGGAUCUAGCUGACUUUGUGGCUAAACUCAGGACAGCAGGCUUCCGUCGGAUACACUUCUUAGUCCACUCUAUGGGGGCGAGGCUCUUCUGUGAAGCCUUACCGUUUAUGGUCCAGGACUCGCUUCUGCAGAUAAGAGCGUGUUCAUACGGCACCUCCAACUCAGCCAAGUCAACUCGUGCUGAUUCAAUCUCGUCAGCACCGGGCCCUGCCGUGAUGGAUCUAGAGGCAGCAGCAGCAGCUUCUACUCACAGCGAUGUGGAUAGGAUGACUCUUCUCAACGUUGUUCUCGUCAAUGCAGACUAUCCUUUGGAUAAGUUCCGUCAUAGUGUCCUGCCCUCUUUACUGGAGUACUGUGAACGGGUAACGGUAUAUGCUGACAGUCGAGAUGGUGCAUUGAUGUGGUCUGAACUAUUCAAUAGAGAGAAAGCCCUUGGUAAAUUCGUUGGUACUCUAGCCUGUGUCGACCGAGAUAAUGGUCAAAGCUACGGUGAAGCAUAUGUUGACGUUAUGGACACGACACAUAUGGACCAGAAUGUUCACCAACUUAGACAUAAUUUCUUCAAUCUCAAUGUACAAGUUGUGUCUGAUAUAGCAGAGAUCGUCGAGUCUUGUACGCCAGCGGCCAAACGUAGCACUAGACUCACUAAGACGGGUCGAGGGAAUGUAUACACCUUUCUAAGUCCGCCGAGUUUUGUAAAGAAUCAUUAACUCGAGGUUUCAUCGUUACAAUCUAAUGGAGGGCGUUUUCCCGCCAAGUAGCAUUAUUUCAAUGAAUAACAGCGGAGGUUUAUGCUGCCACUCCUGCUUUUGCCUCAACGAUUGACAA